UUUUGUGUUUAGAAGAAAGUUAGAUUUCAACCAAAAAAAAAAGUGAAAGAAGAGUGCAAAGAGAAAUAAAAAUAAAAACCAAACUUAGCAAAAUUUUAAAUCUGUACACAAAUAAGAGAAAAAAAAUUAGCAACAACAUAACGAGUCGAGCAAGGGCAGUGAACAGAAAAUAAAAAGCAAAAGUGACGGUGAAUAAUGUUGAGAGCGCCUACACAGCAUAUUGUGGAACUUGGUUUCGGCUCGAAAAACGUGGCAGUGGCAGCAGCAGCGACGACAACAACAACAACCGUAGCGGCAGCAGGCACAACAACAAUUGCCGGCGGCAAAUCGGCAACGACAGCAACAACGCGUAAAACUUUGUUGCAAAAACUCAAACAGCAACAGCAAAAGUUGCAAAGACAAUUGACAACAACACAGCAAACAGCGACAACAACAACAACAGCAACAAUAACUGCGUUGAGUGCGCAGAAAUAUCAGACAAAUGAGACGACGGCAGCAGCAGCAGCAGCAGCAGGAACAACAACAACAAAAGCAGAUUAUUAUUUUAAGCAGCAAACAACGGCAUAUCAACUGCAGCAGCAGCAGCAGCAGCAACAGCAACAACAAAUCGCAGCUGCUGCAACGAAUGGCAAGUGUUUGUUGUUUUUAUCAGCAGCAGCAACGGCAGCAGCAACAACAACAACAACACCAACAAGUGGGUAUUUAACGUCGGAGCAGACGCAGAAAAAGAAAAAGCAUAGCUACAACAUUGCUGCGGCUCUGAUGCGCACUAAAAAACCAAAAACAACAGCGCCAACAUUAUCAGCAGCAACAAAAAUAACAACAACAACAACAACAACUGAAACUGCUCAGAAGUUACUGCCAAAGGCAAUAGAGAGUAACGAGAGCAGCAACAGCUUCAGCAGCGACGACAACAACAGCAGCACACACAGCAGCAGCGACCACAGUUUGUCUAAUACCUGCAUUAACAACACCAGCAACAACAGCAGCAGCAACAACAACAAUAACACUCAUUAUAAAAACAGUAAAAACAACAACUACAUAAGUAAUUACAAUUGCAAAACAAUUGCGGCAAAAAGUGAACAGCAACAGGAGGAAGUGUUUAAAAAAGUACCAGUAAUAAAAAAACAGCGUACAACAACAAUACAACAUCAGCAACAACUACUACUCAACAAAAUCCACAGUAGUGGGCGUUUCUAUAAUAACAGCAGCGACCAUCUCAUCAUGUCACCCACUUCGCAGGCGCCCACCCGCACCUCCCUCUUCGAUUCUUGCCAUCGCAAGAUACGAUUAAUUGGCGGCGGCCCAGUUGCCUUUCUAGGCGGUUUAGUUGCUAAGGCGCGCCGCAAGGAACGCGAUGGAGAUCAAAAUUCAACAGAUACCAAAUUAUAUUUGGAGGAGAGCGUCCUAGAACGUAAAUUACCUGAAGCUGAUCUCAAAGCCCUAGUGGACCUUCCAGCUGGUUUGGAUUACAAUGAAUGGCUGGCGUCACACACUCUCGCUCUCUUCGAGCACGUAAAUUUGGUUUAUGGAACUAUUAGUGAAUUUUGUACACAAUCCGGUUGCGCAGAUAUGACUGGACCAGGCAACAGAACGUACUUAUGGUUCGACGAGAAGGGCAAGAAGACGCGCGUCGCGGCACCACAAUACAUCGACUAUGUGAUGACGUUCACACAAAAGACGGUCAGCGACGAGUCGAUAUUCCCAACCAAAUACGCGAACGAGUUUCCCGGCUCGUUCGAGUCGAUUGCCCGAAAGAUUUUACGCUUGCAAUUUCAUGUGAUAGCGCAUCUCUAUGCGGCGCAUUUCAGAGAAAUCGCGCUGCUCGGUUUGCACACCCAUUUAAAUCUGACGUUUGCGCAUCUGACGGCGCUGCAUCGGCGCUUUAAUCUGAUCGACGAGAAGGAGACGGACGUGCUGCGCGAUCUGGAGGUGGCGCUGCGCCUCACCGAUGACAGCACCAACGGGAGCAGCGGCAGUGGCGGGGGCGGCGGCGGCGGCGGUGGUGGUAGUGGUGGUGGUGGUGGUGGUUCCGGAGACCAUGCGUCCUCAACCAAUGUGGCAAUGUCGACACAAGAGUCCUUAGCGCCGGGCGGAGAGCAGCAUAACAACAGUAGCAGCAACACCUCCUCGGCGUCCACCACCCUCGAGCAUGUCAAUUCACAAAGCAACAACAGCCACACAGCAUCGCUGAUCGAUGGCGAUGCCGUGGCGCCGCCCAUCUGCACACAGCCAGAGGCGGGACUGAUGGGCGGCAUUUUGGGGGAUUUGACAAGCGGCGAAUUUGGUGAUACUACGCGAUAUUGUACUUCGGCGGUUCCUCAAGCGGCGCAUGCGGACAGCGCGGCGCAGGCGAUAGCAGCUGCGGCAGCAGCAGCAGCAGCAGCGACUACGACGACGCUUAACAAUGGCGCGGGCGCAUUAAAUUUAAACUAUAGCAACAAUAAUAACAAUAAUCAUAAUUUGAAUCAUCUAAACCAUUUGAAUCAUCACCACCAUCCCCAUCACCACCACCAUGGCCAUCAUGGACACCACCAUCACCAUCAUGGGGUGGCGGCCGCGGCGGCCGCAGCGGCGGGCGCUUUGGCAGCCUCCAACAAUACGUCGUCGACAACAACAUCAACAACAACAACGGCAUAGUGCGCGCCCACACAAAGGUUAGCGUAAGGGAUAGAGCUAGAGCUAGAGCGGCAAAAACAACAACAACAACAGAAACAACAAGAAAUAAAAAACAUUAGAAUUACUAGAGUUACGCAAAGAUGUUAUUUAAUGUUAUUACUUCUAUGAUCCUAAAGUUGAAAAUACAAACUGUAAAAAUAACAACAACAAA